UUUCCUCUUCUUGCUGUUCUGCAAAAGAUGUGCUCUCCAUAUAGGCGUGUCCCCAAAAACUGAGGAACUGAAGCAACUUGAAAUUCCAACGCCGACCAACAACCGAAGCUCUCAAAUUCAAAAUAUAUGGAGAAAGACGAAUCCAUCGAUGGGUUUUCAAAUCUUCAUCACCCAGAUUCCUCUCGCUAUGUUGAAAUUGAUCCGUCUGGCAGAUAUGGAAGAUACAAUGAAAUCCUUGGCAAAGGGGCUUCCAAGACAGUGUAUGAGUUUCGCCUCCUUCGCAUUUUUUGUAAUUAAUGUCCAUUCGCGGAUUUCAGUUACAGAGCAUUUGAUGAGUAUGAAGGGAUUGAAGUUGCUUGGAACCAGGUCAAACUCUGUAACUUACUCCAAUGCCCUGAAGAUCUUGAGAGGCUAUACUUCUUGGGUCGAUACUGCAAAUAGGAACAUCAACUUUGUAACUGAAAUGUUCACUUCUGGGUCUUUGAGGCAGUUUCGGCUAAAGCAUCGUAGAGUUAACAAUAGAGCGGUGAAGCGAUGGUGUAGACAGAUCUUGAGGGCUCUUCUCUAUCUCCAUAGCCAGGACCCCCCUGUGAUCCACAGAGAUCUCAAGUGUGACAAUAUUUUUGUUAAUGGUAACCAAGGAGAAAUUAAGAUUGGUGAUCUUGGUCUUGCUGCGAUUCUCAGGAAAUCACAUGCUGAUCGCUGCGUCGGGACACCAGAGUUCAUGGCUCCUGAAGUGUAUGAAGAGGCAUACAAUGAAUUGGUAGACAUUUAUUCUUUUGGGAUGUGUGUUUUGGAGAUGGUUACAUUUGAAUAUCCAUAUAGUGAAUGUAAUCAUCCUGUUCAAAUCUAUAAGAAAGUAACUUCUGGGGAAAAACCAGCUGCCUUGUAUAAAGUGAAGGAUCCAAGCAUGCGGCAAUUCGUCGAGAAAUGCUUAGCACCAGUUCCAUAUAGACUUUCGGCGAGGGAGCUUUUGAGUGAUCCUUUUCUACAAAUUGAUGAUUGUGAAAGCAAGUCGAAAAUUUCAGAUUGUCAGGGAGAACUUGACCGUAUUGCUUCUACUAUAGUGCAGCCUUUUCUUGAACGAGAAAUAAGUUUCAGCUCAAUCAAUUACAGUUUGGACACCUCAGAUGAAUGGAGGUGCCGUAUCGUUGAAACUGAACCAGACGGGACUGAACUUUUUGAGGAUGAUGAUGAUGACCAAUUGGAAAAUGUUGAUAACAGUAUUACGGGGAAGAUAAGAGAAGAUGGCAGUAUUGUUUUAAGACUUAGGAUUGCAGAUAAAGAAGGACGAAUUCGAAACAUAUAUUUCCCAUUUGACACCAAGAUGGAUACAGCAUUAACAGUUGCCACUGAAAUGAUAGCAGAGCUUGAUAUUACUGACCAAGAUGUGACCAAGAUAGCCGAAAAAAUCGAUGGGGAAAUCGCUUCCUUGGUACCCGAGUGGAAACCAGGGCCUGGCAUAGAUGAAACACCCCGCAUCUCUUACGACGGUGACCUUCAAAGCUACGACACUUCUAACCAUCCAUCUUAUAAUCAUUUGAUAGAGAAGAUGCAAAAUGGAGCAAAAAACUCUCAGAUUUUAAACUGCAGUGCAGACGAACGUGCUUCAGCGCCCAGACAUUUCGAGCAAGUUUCCCACAAAGAAGAUCAGCCUACACAGCCUGUGGUAGAGAGAAUACCAAAAGUGUCAAACCAGCAUUAUCAGCUAAACUCUGUCCUCCAUGAAGGCCAAGCUCUUAGUUCUCAUAGUUUUAGGCAAAGCCAUUCUGAUCAAAAUAACAAGAAAACAGGCCAAUUAAUCACUGGUGGGAAUGACAUAGAAAAAAUACAAGUUAGUAAAGCCACUGCCAUUGCAAAAAGUUCGAUCCGAAGCUUACUGGGUUCUCGUUCGUUGUCGAGAGUUCCUUCUUAUCGUGAAGAUAAAUUUGCUUCUCAAAUCCAUUGGGAAAUAAGGUGGCUAUGGAAUUGAGACCAGUUGAAAUCAUAGUGUUCAUGUAAGUUAUGUCAUUAUAGCUGCCCCGUUCGGAUGCCCAAAGGGACCGAAAUCGUGAGGCGUUCUUUUUGAAUCUUCAACUGCAGAAGUAUAUUUCAAGAGUUAAGAUUACAGGCACAUUGCUUCCAAGCACACUCCUCUCCCAGUUGAUGCUGUUGUUGUAUUGUACAGACUACAGUAACAUGUAAGUUACUCUCAGCACUUCUAAUUUUGUACACUUACAGUGACACCUGUUUUCUAUUUCAUUGUUUUGGUUCACAAAUUAUUGGAAAAUGUAAUGCUUAUUCUCUUAUAAAACAAUGAAGAAAGGUGCAAG